AUGACGCUUCCAAAGUUGGGUUUUCCAAUGUGGGGCUACCGCAGCUCGCCCUAUGGCGCGUCACCAAGGAACAACGCCAGGCGGGGUAAAGGCCCCGGGUCUUUCGACGUACAACGCGAAUACAUCAACGAGCAAUCUCCAGACGCGGAGUCCGCGCGCAGGAACCCUCUGCACAGUUACGUCAUUCAGACCGGGAAGCACAAGGGACACACACUAGCGCACAUCAGCCGCUUCGACGAACAGUAUCUUGGAUGGAUAUCCAGCGAGUGCUGCAGAAACCUACCACGCGAUCACAUCAUCCGGAGAGCCAUCGACCAGUGGAACGCAGAACGCAGAGCUAGUGGAGCGUUACCUCCUGUUUCCAGUGCUCCAUCGCGAUUCAAGAGUGGCAAGUACCAUCUGUACAUGCAAGAGAAGUACCUCAGGAAGUGGUGGAAGGUCACGGCUCAGGAACUCGUCGACGCUGGUGUCGACUACAAGUCAAAGACACAAGCGAAGAAGUUCUCGCUGUACCAGGUCUACGAAUAUGUCAAGAAACAUAAUAAGCUUGACAGGGAAGAGCUUGAAGCUGUGGUUGAGGACGAGAAAGACCGCAUAAACAGGGCAAGGGCGACGUACAAGAGUUACCAGAAUGGUGAUUUCGCCGGCGGCGGCAUUGAUUAUGACGACUGCCCCUGGUGGUGA